AUGGCGGAGUCAACAUUGGAGUCACUGGCGUCCAAAAUCUAUGGGAACGCCCUGAAGCUUGCCAGUAUCGCAAAGGAAAAUGGAGUCACUCCGAGUCUCGACGACCCUGUCAAAUCAGACCUGACCAGCGUAACACCUUUGGUCCUUCGUAAUGAACUCAUUCAGGCUGCAAAAGACUUAAUUUAUCUGUCGAUGGGUCCUGCAGACCAUGUUCUCAGUUUAGCGUGGUCGGCCACAGAUGCAGCGAACCUUGAUCUUCUCACACGGUUCGAAGUCCCGCAGCAUGUUCCAAUUGACUCCUCCAUUUCUUUCCCGGAGCUCUCCAAGGCCACGCGGCUCCCAGAGGAUGUCUUGACUCGUGGUGUGCGCUAUGGAAUCGCUAAUGGGCUCUUCCGCGAGACCGAGCCUGGUCGCAUCGCACACUCUGCUGCUUCGGCGGCCUUAGCCAGCAAUCCUCAUCUAAGAAACAUUGUGCAUUUCGGGACUGAGUUCCUUCAGAAUAUAUUGAUGAAAAUACCCGAGACGAUGCUCAUGCAAACGGACGAAACAACUGACAAAGUACCUGAAACCGCCUUCAACCUGGCUUACCGAACCGAAGAGAACUUGUUCCAGUACUUUGCACACUCGACGGAGCUCAAUAGAAAAUACCAUGAAUAUCUCAUGGGUCGCGUGAAUACUCCCCUGUGGUCUACUGAUAAGCUUGGCGCUGCUUGGGACUGGUCCAGCCUUGGAUCCAAGACGAUCAUCGAUGUUGGUGGGUCAUCCGGCCAUACCGUCCUGACUAUCGCGCCGUUGGCACCGAAUGCCCAGUUCAUAAUUCAAGACAACAAUACCGAUGCACUGGACAUGGGCAGAAAGCUCGUACUGCGCUCACCAGACUCGAGUUUGCGAUCGCGAAUCACUUUUGAACAGCACAAUUUCUUUAAAGAACAGCCUGUCAUUGCGGACGGAUAUAUAUUCCGACACAUUCUCCACGACUGGAAUGACGCGGAUUCAGUAGCCAUUCUCAGGGCUCUUCUUCCUGCGCUCAGGCCUGGAGCCAAGGUGUUCAUCAGCGAAGGAAUUCUACCAGAUCCGCCAGCGAAACGAAUCAACACCCUGACAAACAAAAUGAUAUUGAUCGAGGAUCAAUUUAUGCUUGCCGCUCAUGAUGCUCGAGAGCGAACUGUAAGUGAUUUUGUGCGACUCUUCGAGGAAGCUAGUCCAAGAUUCAUCUUGAAGGGGGUCACUUCCGGAGCCGAAGCUGGGUCGUUCAACUCGUUGCUUGAAUUUGAGUUCCAAUGA